UUCAUCAUUUCAAACACCAAGCAAACAACAUUUUCAUUAAUUAGGCACAUUCAAUCGUUGAGAGUGCUAAUUAACUCUGAAAAAUGGCUAAGUUCGGUGGUGCAUCCUCAAUUGCUCUUGUUCUCACAUUGAACAUUCUUUUCUUCAAUAUGGUUAGUUCCACUUAUGUCCCAUGCCCACCACCCCCACACCACAAACCCCACCCUACCCCUACCCCCUCUACACCAUCUACCCCCUCCACCCCAUCAACCCCCUCUACCCCAUCAACCCCAUCAUCAAAGGGUAAGUGCCCGAAGGACACACUAAAGCUAAAAGUGUGUGCCAAUUUGUUGAAUGACUUAGUGCACCUUGUCAUUGGAAGUAGCCCAGCUAAAACACCAUGUUGCUCUCUAAUUCAAGGACUUGCUGAUCUUGAUGCUGCUGUUUGCCUUUGCACUGCCAUUAAAGCUAAUGUGUUGGGAAUUAACCUAAAUGUUCCACUUUCCCUCAGCUUAUUGCUCAACAACUGUGGAAAGUAUGCCCCCAAGAACUUCCAAUGCGCAUAAGCCAUUGGUUGUUUCCUUAUUUAGAAAUUUUCAAUUUCAUUUUUCUUUCAGUAUUUUUGUUAUUUUGUGUGUUUAUGGUUGCUUGUUUGUCAGGGAAUUUAUUUUAUUCUUGGUCAGAAAGUCUAGGCUUGUUUUCUAUCCGUUGUAUCCAUUUUGUAUUUGUAAUAAAUUCGACAUCUACUGAGAAGUUAUGAUAUGUUUGCUUUUCAGAAUA